CGUAAAGUCGUGGUAGCUAGGAAGUGGCUAGGAGUUAGCAUUUCCAUAGAAGACGAGGACGCGUGAGGAUCAUGAUGGCGCGUUCGUUCUAGGGUGGUCCCGUUCCUUCAUCUCACGGCCGUACAAAGCUGCGAUACUUGGAGAGGCACGUAGCUGAAGAGCACCACUUCACUUGGCAAUGUCGGCCGCGACAUUCGAUUAUAGCAGUCUUGACGACGAAGAGGAGCCUGCCAAGCACAUGCGACCAGCUCGCGCUUGUUGCACAGGGACGCUGGGAGAGCAACAGCGAGCAAGGACCAGCUUACGACAGGAAAUCAUGCUGAUGAAAUGGAAGCAGAACAUAGCCAAGAGGACGUGGCGCAAUGACGCAGGUGAGCCGACUGACGAAUUCGGGAACCCGCAUGACACGAGCCUCGACUCCGACGCCUCAUGCGAUUCCAAGCCAGUCUGUAUCAAGAAGACAAGCCAGAGCGUCGAAGUUCCGGGUGCAGAGUCGCGCUCAGUAGCGAUCACCCCGCUGCCCGCUGCGAGGCCGCAGCCGAGAAACAAGACGAAGAACGAGUGCUGGCGUGCGGGGUCGGAAUGGGCACCACCCAAGGAGCAGGAGUUGGUGUACCGUACAACGAAGAAAGAGCUGCAGUAUUGGACUGAGGAGCGGAAGCGUAGAGGCAUGCCGUAUGGCUGGGCCCAGUACAUGGCCUCGAAAGCCGACAGUAUGAUGUCAUACGAAGAACACCUGCAAGGCAAGAGUCGCUGGCUACUGAACGUCGAUAAACACGGGCUUUCCUGGGAAGAGUUCAAAGGAAAAUUUUGCACAGGCGGCUACGCCGGUAGGAGGAACGGUGAUGGUAGCAACAGUCCCGCGUCGUCGUCUUCGUCGUCCACGUCGAGCGAAUCGACGUCAGAUUCUGACAGCGAAGGAGACCAGAAACAAGCCGCCGUCACCCGGGUAGUGACACCAGGAUACGACGGCAUGUCGAAAGAAGAAAAGAAAGCAGCAACACAGCAGAUGAGGAGAAAAUACGCUAGGAGCACUUUCGUCGCGAGUAUGCAACGAGAUACGCAUAGAACAGUCGGGAGAGGAGCGACGAAAGAAAGCGGAGAAGUGGGGCAAGUAGAAGGGUUGGCCGAGGGAGGAAAGGAAAGUCCGUUGUAG